AUGUGCCUCCGUGGACUGGUGGACAGCUCGAUAGCCAAUGAGUACUGGCACUGCAUCAUGCUUGUAGCCGCACGGCGGGCGCUUAGCGACGUUGGUGGUGAAGCGGGGCACAUGAAGAUGGUGCUCAGUGAAGCCACUGUGGCACCGGAUGAGGUUGGGUUCGGUGGUGGCAUUUUUCCUGGUAAGCCAGUGAGGCCACAGGAUCAAUUUUGGUUCGGUGGAAGCCGAUGUAUGGCUAAGGCGACUAACUAUAAACGCAAGGAUAGACGAUCAAGGUGGAUAUAA